UUUAUUUCCGGUUAGAGUUUUUACUUCCGGAAAUUGCAUAUGUUUGCGUUAUUUUCUAAGUUACCUCGCGUGUUGUUACCUGGAUGUCGCACAUGCCACAUCUCCACGCAAAGGAUGGCGGCUGUGUAUGUGCGGCGCGUGCCAGGCGACGAGGAUAUGGAAAUUCGUCUCAACUAUGGCCACAAUAGUGAAAACUACAGAACGUACAAUCUAAAACGUCGUCAAAAUGAAGAAAUUACAAGAGCUCUCGUCAGACUCCAGAAUAACAUAUUGAAUUCCCUUUCGAAAAAAAAGAAAAAGAAAGCCAAAGAAAAAGAGCCCGAAACGAAUCCCAAUCAAGAGAUUGAGAUUCCAAUUAACUUGUUCAUUGAAGGCAAGGAAGUGGAUGGUAGUACAUUCAACAGAGAUGCGUGGAUUCAAGGGGCAGAACUUGAUAUAUGUGGCACCCGGUUAACAGUAGAUGUUAACCCUCCCACUGUACGUUCUAUAUCUUUGCCUUCGAACUUAAUGGCUGGCUUUCCACAGUUACCUAAGUGUGAUGCAGAAUUUGUUAAUUUAAAUGAAUGUUCGUUUAACUGGUAUAGGACUAAAUUUCGUGACUCUGGGGAUGCUAGCGCGUCUAAACAAAAGAGUCAAACCCAGGAACAGGAGCAGUAUGAUAUAUGUAAAGUUUCUGAUGGAAUUAUAUACACUCCAACAGUAGAGGACAUUGGAUUUCAUUUAAAGCUUGAAUGUAUUCCAAGGAAAGGUGAUCGGAUAGGUUUAAAAUUUGAAAGUAUUUCUGAAGUUGAAGUAAGUGCAGGUCCAGGAGUGUGUCCAUUUGAAAACCGACAGUUGUUCACACAAGCAGAAACUGAGGCUGGAAGCUUUCGUGUAGUGACUUACAACAUCCUGGCUGACUUGUAUGCAGACUCUGACUUCUCUCGCACCCAGCUGUUUCCCUAUUGUCCACCUUAUGCUCUGGCCAUUGACUACAGAAGGCAAUUACUCCUCAAGGAAAUUACAGGUUACAACGCUGACAUCAUCUGUUUACAAGAGUGUGACAUGAAGGUGUUUGAACAUGACCUGCUCCCCUUCCUGGAAAACACUGGCUUCGGUGGAUGGAUGAAGAGAAAAGGAACCAAAGUUACUGAAGGGUCUGCUACCUUCUACCGAAAGUCCAAGUUUAGCCUGGUGGCCGAGCAUGGCAUAAUGCAGUCGGAGUUCUUGAGAGAACCUGCCAAUGCUGAUCUGUGGGACAAGGUGAGUCAGAAACCGGCAUUGAGAGACAAGAUGAUGGAGCGGACCACAGUCCUUCAGGCCACCUUGCUCCAAUCUACCCACAAUCCCGACCACUUCCUGUGUGUGGCCAACACUCACCUCUACUUCCACCCAAGGGCAGACAACAUCCGAGCGCUGCAGAUCGGCUUGAGCAUGAGGUUCCUGCAGCAACUCUGUCAGCCAUUUCUAUCUGAGGGUAAGAAGAUGUCUGUUGUGUUCUGUGGGGACUUCAAUAGCUCUGUGAAGAGAGCCGUCAACGUGCUGCUGACCACCGGUCAUAUCCCAGAGGAGUUUGAUGACUGGGCGACAGGUGGCGAGGAGGAACAGAUUGGCUGUGAGCUGUCACAUGACUUCAAGAUGAUCAGUGCGUGUGGCUACCCCGAGUACACCAACUACACCAUGGGCUUCCAUGGACUCCUGGACUACAUCUUCACCGACACGGAGCACCUGGAGGUGAUGCAGGUGAUCCCGAUGCCGGACCACCAGGAGGUGACGCAGCACGGAGCACUCCCCAGCGUUGUAUUCCCCUCCGACCAUAUUGCACAGAUAUGUGACAUGAGGUGGAAACCUCUGUGAUAUGUGAUAUGUGAUAUAACCAAUACUGUGAUGAUUGAUAAAGGUAUUCUAUGAAAUAAUCUGAAAUGGGUAUGAUCUUUGGUCAUCUGGGUGGGGAUAAUAUUACUUCUCAUUGAGGUGAGAUACAUGAAGAUAGGAAUUACCUCAUGGAUCAAGUACCUUAUUAUUUUGUAUAGCUCUGUGGGAUAACAUGAUACAUAUUGGCACGUGAAAUCAAAUUACCAGGAAAUUAGAAAUAAUUUCAAGAUUAGGUGAUCAUAUUUACAUACUACUCAAAAGAAGUUAAAGAACACAGGAUUCUUUCAAAUAACUGUGGUCAAUCUGUCAAGGUAUGACAAUGACGGCCUAAUUAUAGUACUAUGAAAGAGUCGGGUGUACUUUAAUUUUUUUUAAGCUGUAUAAUUCCUGAAAAGUGACAUGAUGCAGUUCAGGGUACAGGGAACACGGGACAUCUGACAGGGAGCACCACAGUGCGAGCAGAAUGAUGCAUGUAGGAACUGAUAAUGUACGUGUUGGUAAUAAACAGAGCACAACU